GUACGGUGUACGAUCAAUGCCCAAUGCAAUUAUGCAAAAUCCCUUCCCAACCAGUACUUGAUUCCGAUCCUAAUCGUGAGAUGCUUUCAGUCCUGCGAAGGGUUUCAACCUCAUUUUCUAUGUCGGUUCCACUCCCGAAGCCCCUCAUGGAUUCCUCAUCAUCCGCUUCCAAGAACAUCCUUGGGACUUCACAGAGGCUUCUGGCCUUGGCCCGGCAGUUGCGGCUGUACAAAGCUCCGCCGGCGGGGGAAGAUAGCGAUGCGGAGGAGAGCUCAGGGAAGGUGGUUUCCCUAUUGGGCUUUCAAGAAUCUGUGACCCCAAUUAGCACCCAGCCAGAGAGGUUCAAACCCAAGAGAGCUGCGGUCUUGAUCUGCCUCUUUGAAGGGGAUGCUGGGGAGUUCCGUGUAAUUCUCACCAAGAGGGCUUCCAAUCUCUCCUCCCACUCUGGUGAAGUUGCAUUGCCGGGAGGGAAGGCAGAAGAAGGAGACGCGAGUGAUGCUGAGACCGCUACAAGGGAAGCAAAUGAGGAAAUCGGACUGGACCCUUCACUCGUGAAUGUCGUGACUUACCUCGAGCCGUUCUUGUCUAAGCACCUUCUCAGAGUAAUUCCCGUUAUCGGAAUACUCACCAAUAAGAAGGAAUUCAAUCCCACGCCUAAUGCUGAUGAAGUAGAGGCGGUUUUUGAUGCUCCAUUAGAAAUGUUUCUCAAGGAUGAAAACAGAAGAUCAGAAGAAAGAGAGUGGAUGGGGCACAACUAUUUACUUCACUUUUUUGACUAUGAGAUUGGCGACAAGAAGUAUUUGAUUUGGGGUCUAACAGCGGGGAUCUUGAUUAGAGCUGCAUCGGUUGUGUACCAGAGGCCACCUGCUUUUACCGAGCAAAAUCCUAAGUUCGAGGUUCCUAGGUUUGUAGACAAGGAUACAACAAUGACUUGAAUUAAACUAAUGACAUUCGACUCUGAUCCAGUAUAAGCAAUAAAUUAAACUAACACUUGUUGCCGAUUGGAUUCUAUAUGUACUGUUUAUGGAUAGACAGGAUAGUUGAUCUGAUGUUGAAUAAACUCUUUCCAAAAUAAGCAAAACAUGACUCUUAGAUAUCGAAGACCUUCAUUGGAGUUUCUGCUUCAGAAAGUAUUGCGGGAAUCUUGAUGAACUGGGCUCAGAAGUAGAACCGAGCUUUGGAAGAAGGUUGAGAUAAAGAUCUGAACUUUGAAGGAAACCCCUUCCGGGUCUGCUGGAUUUGUGUUCUCCAAAUGUUAUCACGCCUUUCUGAUGCCUUCGAACUUUCCAUCAGGUCAGCAAAUCGCCAAAUGAGGUGACAAAGCUCUCCUUCUCUGCUACUUUUCCUGUAGGAUGACCUCUCGUCGAGUCGCUCCAAAUGGAAAAUUUCGGCAUCAUUUAUGGCACCAUUUGAAUUCUUAGAUAUGGGAUUAUAAUUUACAUAGUAAUUUUUGUUUUUUGCCAGUGUACUUAGUUGUAUCUUGUGACUCAUAUUAUGCACUCUAUGUUCAUGUGACAUUGAAUCUUUGUCUGC